AUCAACAAGAAGAAGAAAAAUAUGUAUUAGAUGAUGAUGUGGAAGAAGAAUAUGAAUCUUCUCAUUCUAUUGAAAUUCAAUUAAAUGAAUUAAGUGUUAACCCUAUUGUAAAGUUACCUCAUUGGAGUUUAUCUAUGAACAAUAAUGUUAAAAAACUUCAAAAGAAGGAAAUGAUUGAUGAUUAUUAUUAUCUUGAUAAUUAUUUUCACGCCACAUCAGCCGGUAUUGAGUUUGAUAAAGAAUCACCCAUUGUACAAUUGUCUCCAAAAUUAACGACUCCUAAUCCUCAUCCUCGUUCCGAUUUGCCAAACUUGAGGAUUGAAACAAACUUAAAACUUAAUGAUGACAAUUACUCGCCUGGUUCAACGGUAUCAACCCCGGUAUCAGAAGUUUCAAGCUCAUUUUCACAUAUUUCAACAUACGCGGAAUCGGAAAAUACCGUGUUCACUGAAGAAGAAAUAAUGAACGAGACAAAAUCUUGUAACGCUCCGGAAAGACGUUCACCUUCUGUACUCUCUGAUUUUGGAUCCGAACAGCUUACUCCUGUAUUGGAAGAAGAAGAGGAGGAUUCAAAGUUGAUGUCAUCUAAUUUCCUUUCAAUUGAAGAAUGCCGAGAGGAAUUUCAAGAGGAAUUUCAAGAAGAAUGUCGGGAGGAAUGUCAAGAAGAGUUCCAAAAAGAAUGUCAAGAGCGCCAAGAAGAAUCUCAGGAGCACCAAGAAGUAUGUCAAAAGGAAUUCCAAGAAGAAUGUCAAGAAGAAUUCCAAGAAGAAUGUCAACAGGAAUUCCAAGAAGAAAUGAUUAUUGACGAUUCUCAACAACAGGAGGAGGUACCUGAAACAAACACCUACUCUUAUAGUGAAAGUGAGAAUGAAGAUUCAGAAUAUCAAGAAAAUCAAGAAACUCAGGAUACUCAGGAUACUCAAGAUAAUAAGGAGUAUGUACUUCCAGAGUUGAGAAAAAUUGCGGAACAACUCGAGACUCUAACCGAUUCAAAAGACACGAUCAGGAUUCGUCGUCAACUCGAAAUAAUUAGCAAGGAUAACUAUCCAGACUCCCUACCUUUGUCUAAUAAAUGGACGAUGUACUUUGCUGACACAUCAGUAACAAAGACAAACACAAGAAUCAUAUCAAAGAACAAGUAUUCUUCAACAUUGAAUCCGUUAUUCGAGUGUACCACAGUUCCAGAAUUGUGUUCAAAUCUUCGUAAAUUCUCUUCAAAGAUCAAGCCAAGCGACAUGAAAACAAAUGCAAAUCUUAGCUUCUUUAAAGGAAAUAUAAUGCCCAUGUGGGAAGAUGAGGCUAACCAAAAGGGUGGUCGCUUCACUAUAUGUCCUCCAAGAAACCAGCUUAAUUCAUUAUGGGAUUCAAUCGUUUUACUUCUUGCUGGUGAAACGAUCGAUGACAAAGAUCUCAUUUGUGGUGCUGUUUGUGCUCGUAGAGACAGAGGUGAUCGCGUAGAACUCUGGAUUAGUGGUGAUGCCUAUUCCAGAGACAUCGAUCGCAUCAGGGAUCUUUUGUCAAUGGAGUUGGGUCAUGAAAUGAAGGAAAUGAAGAACGUCAAAUACAAAAAACACCUUGGAAAGCCAUGAAAGGGCCAUGAAAAGGAGUUAUUUUAUUAUUGUACAGAUUGAUCAAUUUAAUUAUUUAUUUUCUUUAUAUGUUAUGGACUUGUCGAUACUGUAUCGUACAAAGUUUCUAAUAUGGGGGAACAUUUUUUUUAUUAUUAUUUUUUUCUGAGAACACAUCAGAUUUCUUUGUAUAUCCAUCUCGUAAAGAGAUAAUGUAAAUAACAACAACAUACACUAUAUAUUUGGAGGGUUAUUAUUAUAUAAAUAAUAACUUUAGAAAUUUUUUCAAAAAAGUAAUUGUAUAGCAUUUUUUUUUAUUAAAUAUAUAUGUUCGUUUAAACGA